GAAGGCUGCCUGCUGUUGGCUUCAUGUUCCUGUGGCCCACGCCCGAGAGUGACGAGGAGGAAGGAGCCGGCGCAGUGAUGCACACAGAAAUUCCACCAGCUUCCACGUGCCGCCAUGAGUCACAUCCCGAGCCCCGCCAGCCCCGGCCUCACAGGGCCGCAGGCAGCUCACGGGGGACCAGGCUCCCAUCGCGGCGGGCGGGCGGGCCGAAGCCGAAGAUGACGGACUGCGAGUUUGGCUACACCCUGGCGCUGGCCCAGGACUACGUGAGGCGCGUCCUGCAGAUCCCGCAGCCCGGCCCGGCCCCCAGCAGAGCGUCCAGGGUGCUCCAGGACGUGGCCUUCUCCGUCCAGGGGGAGGUGGAAAAGAACCUGAAGCCGUGCUUGGACAGUUUUGACGUGGUGUCCGUCGACACGGCCAGAACCAUAUUCAAUCAGGUGAUGGAGAAGGAAUUUGAAGACGGCGUCAUUAACUGGGGAAGGAUCGUGACCGUUUUUGCCUUUGAAGGAAUUCUCACCAAGAAGCUCCUCGAGCAGCGGAUUUCCUCGGAUGUGGAUGCCGAGAAGAUUUCCUACUUCGUGGCAGAGUUCAUCACGAGAAACAUGAGAGACUGGAUAAGACAAAACGGAGGCUGGGAAAACGGCUUUGUGAAGAAGUUCGAACCCAAGUCUGGAUGGCUGACUUUUCUGGAAGUUCUGGGAACAGUGUGUGAAAUGUGGUCACACCUAAAGCAAUACUACUGACUGGCCCAGAGGGACUCUCCUGAUUGUGAAACCUGCCAAGUUCUCUUGACUCUUUUGCAAAAAGUGUUGCCAGCACUUAUUUCUAUUUCCAAACAAGUGACCGUGCUGCUGUAACUCCAUAGUCAGUGUCAUGGGAUUUUUUUCCCUGUUUAAAUGAAUAAAUCAUAUUUGUC